CUUAGUUAUCCCCGUCGCCAACCACGCUCCUCCUCCUCCUCCCCACCACCACACCACGCUCCAGCUCUCUCAGGCCAGGCCAGGCCACCGGCGGCGAUGGCGUCCACCUCCUGCUUCCUCCACCAGUCCACCGCCCGCGUCGCGUCGCGUGUCGCGUCCGCGCCCCAGGCGGCGCGGACCCAGCUCCUCGUCUGCCGCGCCCAGAGGCAGCAGGACGACGGCGCCGCCGCCGACGCAGUCUCCCGCCGCGCGGCGCUCGCGCUGCUGGCCGGCGCGACGGCGGCCGUCGGGGUCAAGGUGGCGCCCGCCGCCGCGGCCUACGGCGAGGCGGCGAACGUGUUCGGGAAGCCCAAGACGAACACGGAGUUCAUCUCCUACAGCGGCGAGGGCUUCAAGCUGCUGAUCCCGUCCAAGUGGAACCCCAGCAAGGAGCGGGAGUUCCCCGGCCAGGUGCUCCGCUACGAGGACAACUUCGACGCCAACAGCAACCUCUCCGUCAUGAUCAACCCCACCACCAAGAAGACCAUCACCGAGUUCGGCUCCCCCGAGGAGUUCCUCGCCCAGGUCGACUACUUGCUGGGGAAGCAGGCCUACGCCGGCAAGACCGACUCCGAGGGUGGGUUUGAGUCGGACGCGGUGGCGACGGCGAACAUCCUGGAGAGCUCGGCGCCAGUGAUCGGAGGGAAGCAGUACUACUCGGUGACGGUGCUGACGAGGACGGCGGACGGCGACGAGGGCGGCAAGCACCAGCUGAUCACGGCGACCGUCAACGACGGCAAGCUGUUCAUCUGCAAGGCGCAGGCCGGCGACAAGAGGUGGUUCAAGGGCGCCAGGAAGUUCGUCGAGAGCGCGGCCGGCUCCUUCAGCGUCGCAUGAUCAUCAGAUCAUCGCCGCCUUCUCUUCUCUUCUCUUCUCUCUAAGAAUCCCUAGCAGAAUCCCCAUCCAUCCAUCGAAGUUGCUCAGAGAUGAGAAUCUCUGAUUGUACAUGAGAAUUAAGAACCAAAAAAAAAACUAAGGAGAGAGGUUGGUCGGUUGGUUGGUCGAUCGAUCGAUUCACCUGCUUAAUUUCUGCUCGCCAGCAUGCAGCAUGGAUUGAUUAAUUUCUGUGAUGAUCCGUGUGUUUGAGUAAUCCUAGUAAUUAAUCAUGUUUCAUUUUUGUA